AUGUAUCCCUUGUUGUGGCUUACUCUUUACUUUCCAUUCCGUUAGUUUCUCGUAACGAACCUGGCCUCUCAGUGCUCUCACUCUCUCUCUCGAUGAUCGGAGUAAGCCGCUUGAGCGGCGCCACAGUCGCCGCCGUUACGGAGUCUCCGCGCAUGUAUCCCUUGUUGUGGCUCGCUCGGAGCCGAUUCUACUCUGGCAGCACCUCAGCUGCUGCAGCUCAGCCUCAGGUCGACUACCUCCAAAGUGACCGAGCCGAGAGCGAGAGCCAGCGGCGCCGUGAUCGGCUGGCGUAUGCUCCGAUGGCAGACUCGGAGGGUUCGUACCUAUGUAGAGGGGUGCAGUGGGUGUUCAUAGGGAGCCCAAGCGCUAAGAAGCAUGUGUACGCCGAUCGGCUCUCGAAGCUUCUACGCGUCCCUCACAUUUCCAUGGCCAGCCUCGUCCGUCAAGAGCUCAGCCCUCAUUCUUCUCUGUACAAACAGAUUGCAAAUGCUAUCAGUCGUGGGGAACUUGUUCCAGAGGAGAUAAUGUUUGGGCUGCUGUCGAAGAGGUUGGAAGAUGGAUAUUACCGAGGUGAAAGCGGAUUUAUACUGGAUGGAUUUCCUCGUUCACCAACUCAGGCUGAUAUCCUUGACCAACUUGCUGAGAUUGAUCUGGUUGUGAAUUUCAAGUGCACAGAGGAUUGCUUCGUGAAUCACCGAGGAGGAGAUGGUAGCUGGAAGGAAAAAGUCCAAGUCUAUGCAAAGCAGAGCAAGCCACUGGAAGAUUAUUACAGGAAACAGAAAAAGCUUCUUGAGUUUCAAGUUGGCGGUGCACCUGGGGAGAGUUGGCAAGGGCUUUUGGCUGCAUUACAUCUACCGCAUUUCAAUGCUGGCUAUAUUCCAUAUGAACUCACUACAGGUUUGGAUAGGCUUUAGUUUAGUUCUAGUCAUUACAUCCAUAUUUUCACUUUGCUGUAAAUAUGAGUGAUGCAAUCGCUGACUUUAUUGUUUCUCCUUUUUCAGUUGGUUUGAGCUAAAUACAAAUUAUACAAUAUAAAACAGUUUUUAGGAUUCUGAGAUCAUAAGAAAAUUCUUAGGUUUGGAGAAUGCA